UCACCUGCCAUGAAAGCAGCAGCUACUAUAGCUAGUCGCCGAUCGAGCUCUCUAGCUGCAUCUUCUACUUGCUUCCACUCCACUAGAGCUAGCUAGAUAGCACAAUAUAUAUAAUCGGGUUGAGUAUGUCGAGCAGCCGCAGGUCACGCACGCGGCGUGCGGGGAGCUCGCUGUCGUCGUCGUCGUCGAGGUCCAUCUCGGAGGACCAGAUCUCGGAGCUCCUGUCCAGGCUUCAGGCGCUGCUUCCGGAGUCUCAAACUCGCAAUGGCGCGCAUAGGGGCUCGGCGGCGAGGGUGCUGCAGGAUACGUGCAGCUACAUCAGGAGCCUGCACCAGGAGGUGGACAACCUCAGCGAGACGCUCGCCGAGCUGCUCUCCUCCGCCGACUUCACCAGCGACCAGGCCGCCAUCAUCAGGAGCCUCCUCAUGUGAUCUCCUCCGGUGGCAGAUCUCGGUGCGCGCGCAUGCACGGUCGCCGUUAGAUCUCCAGGCGUGCAUGCCUAGCUAGCUACCGUACCGUCGCAACUGCUCAUUUGCUGCCGGCCUGGCGCUGUCUAGCUACUAAACUAGCUACUACUGCUCAAGUACAUCAGUAGCUAGUGAGCUAUGCUUAUUAUUAGCUGCUUAUAGCAGUGUGUGAUUCUUGUACUUUGAUGUAAGCUUGCAUUGUGGUCAUCGUCUCUACCUCGCUCGCGAUUGGUUUGGCUGUUAAUCAAAGUUGGAUGUGAGAGGUUUUGCAAA